GGCGUGUUAUCACGCAUGAUAUUAUACACGAAUCAACCUAUCCCACGUAGUGCAUCCGUGGCCCCGUGCUCCACGUUUCUCUCUCGUGUAUAUCAUGCACGCUUGCGUACGUAUACAUAUACAUACAAAUGUCACAUAACCCGCCACGGACGACGGCAGUGGCGGCACAUACAUGAGAGGAAACCAGAAGAAACGGCAGACAUUCUGAAACCCUAAAGUAUUGUCACGUCCACGGGAACAAGACUGUGUUUUUCAUACCACGUAGGCGCACUGAUGUGACUUGAGAGCAACGGGGUUUCAGCAGUGAUUUGCGCUGUCACUUUUAUCACGGUCUGAUUAAUGUUGCGAUAUUAAUCAGAGCUGGUCGCAGUAGCAAUUUUUCCUGAAAUGAAUCUUGAAACUGAAGGAAGAAUGUUCUAUCGACUGCUCUUAGCAAUUUUGUUUUUCCUGCAAGUAGGCGGAAAUUAUUUUGGAACUAAUUCUGAAAAAGAUGAUCAAUGUUUCUGCAAGCUGAAAGGGUCUAUAGAUGACUGUACAUGCAAUGUUGAUACUGUGGAUUAUUUUAAUAAUAUGAGAAUAUAUCCGAGAAUUCAAAGUCUUCUAGUCAGAGAUUAUUUUAGAUUUUAUAAAGUAAACUUAAAACAGGAUUGUCCAUUUUGGGCCGAUGAUAGCAAAUGUGCUAUACGUUAUUGUCAUGUGCUACCCUGCCAAGAUGACGAUAUUCCUGAAGGUUUAAAGGGAGAUAUUCCAAGAGAUAUUCAUCUUAAUGAAAGUCCAGUAGAUAAAUACAGAGCCAAUGCACAGAUUAAUGACUGCAGGCACAGUGCAAAAGAUCAUAAUAUGGAGCUUGGUUAUUUGAACACAACAAUUAGUUCAGAAAACUACAAAGAAUUUGAACGAUGGCAGCAGCAUGAUGAUGCUCAAGAUAAUUUCUGUGUAAAAGAAUCUAGUCCUGGAGAAUAUGUGGAUCUUUUACUUAAUCCUGAAAGAUAUACAGGAUACAAAGGAACCAGUGCACAUAGAAUAUGGCGAUGUAUUUACAUGGAAAAUUGUUUUAGGCCUGAAAAUUCACCUCAUAUUUUUAUACAAUCUUCUAAGAUGAAUGGAAUGUGUUUAGAAAAACGAGUUUUUUACCGAGUUAUAUCCGGUUUACACACCAGUAUCAACAUACAUUUAUGUUCAAAAUAUUUGUUGGUUCCGCAAGAUAGUUUACAAGUAUCACCUGACAAUCAAUGGGGUCCUAAUUUGGAUGAGUUACAAAGAAGAUUUUCUUCUGAAACAACAGGUGAUGAAGGUCCAAACUGGCUAAAAAAUCUAUAUUUUACAUAUUUACUUCAGUUGAGAGCUUUAGCUAAAGCUGCACCUUAUUUGGAAAGAGAGGAAUACUAUACAGGUAAUGAAGUAGAGGAUGAAGAUACAAGAUUGGCCAUGAACGACAUACUGAAUAUUGUUAGAUCAUUCCCAGUACAUUUUAACGAAUCAGUUAUGUUUACCGGUGGAGCAGAGGCACAAGUAUUGAAAGAAGAAUUUAGACAACAUUUUAUAAAUAUUUCACGUAUUAUGGAUUGCGUAGGAUGUGACAAAUGUAAGCUAUGGGGUAAAUUGCAAAUCCAUGGCCUGGGCACUGCGUUAAAAAUAUUAUUCUCAGGAAAAUUUGAUAAAUGGGAAUCAACACUUAAUAAUCUUAAUCGAAAGUUAUUCUUUUUGGAAAGGAGUGAAAUUGUCGCUUUGGUGAAUGCUUUCGGAAGAUUAUCAGAAAGUAUUUUUGAAUUAGACAGAUUUCGCAGGAUGAUGAGAUAACGUAUUAUCUAUUUGUAAUUAAAGAUUCUUCAGUACCACUACAAAACAUCACGUAAACACAUCACAUCGCUUAGAUUUUCUAAGUAACCUUUUAAGUGC